AUGCAAGACGACCUGGCCUACAGGGUACCCCGCCACUACAAAUGGGACCGUAUGAACCAAAACAGGGCUGCCAGGUUCAAGCUCAAUGAGUUCGGCACUGACAGGUACAACUACUACUCGUUCCUGGACUCCCUAAUGGGGGAGAUCCCGGGCAAGGACAACUACGGCGCCAACCUCACCGACGACGCGUUUGGCCUGCUCAACUAUGACGUAGGUGUCACAUCCAAGAUGUCCGUUCUGAACACCGCCAUGUACCACAGAUGGUUCAAGCUGGGACAGAAGGGCGCUAUGGGACUCACUGUAAACCACAGAGGGUACAACGACGAGAACAUGUGGGUGGCUAUGACCAAUCAGCCUAACGUGAUGCCCAUGACCAUCAAGCACUGUGUCUCUGGUCACUGCUCAUGGGCCACCAGGAGAGUGAGCUAUGCACUGCCUUUGGAGAUCAUCUACACCACCCCACUGUUCAACUGGAACCCAUACAAGCUGGCCUUCCACAGCGUAAUCGAGUUCUACCACAACGCUAACGGUAACGGCCAGCACGACCCCGCCGACACCGCCAAGAACUACGUCUCUGUCCUGGACACAAAGGGCGUCAUGAAGUCGGUGGCUCCCACAGGCUUCCGCGUCAUCACCCCAGACAUCCAGGACGUGGGCAAAAUCCGUCUCCGAUACCCCAUCUUCCCCGUGCACGCCGAGGGAUCCACAGUUGGACAAGAGCUCAUGGCCCUGAAGGAGAUGGUGAUGAAGAUGGGCAGGUACCAGUACCUGUACGAGGAGACACCCAUGGGCCAGGCUCUCCCGCCCGAUGAGGACAAAACCUUCCACGUCAGGGACAGCGCCAAGAACCCUCCAGGCCUGCACGGCCACGACUUCACCCUGACGUCUGACGAGUACAAGUCCCUAAUGGCGGGCAACGACACGACAGUGACAACCUCCUUCAACCUGGGCCACCAGCACCAGAUGGUCAUCUACUACAACACCCGCAACCACAACUACUACUUCAAGUCCUGCGACGGACAACCUCGCUGCUGGGACGGCCACGGCUCGCUUCUACAGCUCUACCGACUCUAGAUCACGUGACCCUGGCAUUAUGGACAACUGGACGUUAGCUCUUUAACUGAUGACGUAGCGGACGGACACAAAAAGAUGAUUAUAUUAUUGUAAUUAUUAUGUCCGAUCAGCAGUAGUAGACCAAAGGCAAUAUAGCGUCGCUUUUCGAUGUCUCAUCAGUAACAGAACCAAGGCAAUGUUAUGACAUAUUUCGAACCAUCAUAGAAAAAUCAGAAACACAAACUAUCUACAGACGUCAUAGUAUACACCAUGGUGUCUGCCUUUUAAAGUUUCUGUUGAAGUAAACUUACCUUACCUACUUUGGCUUUUUCUGACCUCUUAGACCACAGAGUGCCAAAGUAUAAAAGUAUUGAAGUAAACAACACUGAAAAAUUUGUGUGGAUAAUGAAGCCAUACUUUUCUUUUUUAUUAAGUUCUCCGAAUCAGAGCGUCUUUAAGAGUUUUAGAAAGACCAGAACAAUUUGUGUCCUCGGUGAGCUAACGUCUCUUUAUGUAGUGUACGCAUGAUUCAGUUUGUCUUACGUUUUUUAUCAAAUCAAACAUGAAAAGGUAGUCCGAUGAAAUCUUGUUCACAUCUUUAUCCUGAAAAAAAGAGUAGAGGAUUUCGACUCCAAAUCACCUCAUGGUAGGACAGAGUGAUAUUCCGAUUUCGAUAAUAUUGCUUUUGUGUGUGCACCUCAUAAUUGAAGACAUAAGUAGGAGCGGGGUGGGCUAAACAAAUGAAUACAUCUUGUCAAUCCCUUUCUUCUUUCCUUGCCGAAAGUUUCAAGUAGGUUACCACUUUUGUUCGUCUCAUUUGUUAUACUUAAAAGCUGUUGAUUCUAUUUUUUCUAACGAGUUGUUACUUUUUUACAUUUUUUACUUUCCUGAAUAAACGGAUCUCAUAAUCAAAA